CUACGUAGGUACCGUUCGUGCCCCUGUCCCUCUUCAAGGUCCGAGCGUCCUUCUGGAAAAUGUGGAAAGAAUUUUGACGACAAGGCUGGUGCAAAAGGGAUCUGCAAUUGGUCGGAGCGUUGUACAUGGGUAACGCACUGUCAAUCUCUACAAGACACCAUCCCGCGAAGUGCUGCAACUGAACGCUUUGCUGCAUUGCAUCUGAGGUAA